CUUGAUGUGCUUAACAAACAAACAAGAAAGUCCUGCAUCCUGCAUGUUUUAUUUCAAUUUUGGUUCUUCACACUUUUUUAAGUCACACUUCUGAGAUUUUAAACUUAAAACCUCGCCGUUCGCCGAGAUCUUGAGUUGUUAUUCGAUAAGGGAUUCAGGUUCUGCAAUGCAAAAAGCAGCAGCUGCAGUUCCGCUAGAGAAUUUUGUCAAUUAACACCAUAAUUAGAUUAACUGGAGGCAGCUCAAAUAUUUGACCGUCAAAAUGAACAACCGGCUGAUGGAUGUGAUCAAAGAGCACGCUCCUGAUUCGUGGGACUUUUUGUCCAAAGCCGUCUCCAGUGGUCUUAACUACAAUAUUCUUGAAGUGAACACUAACAGCAGAGAAUUCCUGCAUGUCAUCGCCGAUCUCAGAAAGCACGAUGAAAUAUUCGAAGUGAAGUGGGUGCGGCGGAUCCAAAAUCUGAGCAUGUACGGUCGGUACGCCCUGCGCCACCAGCAGCUGAUGGUUCGCAACCGCUUCAAUCCAGCAAACGCAAAGGAAGAGAUUCGCUACGCCUGCAUUCACGAAUCCAAAAUCGACAGUCUGGCUCAACGAAACUUGGACGCUCGGUACCUGGCGGUUGAAAACUUUGAAAACCGCUUCAACAAGAGUGAACUGUUCACAAACGUCCUUUCUGCGAUCAGAGAGAUGACGAGCAAUGACUCAAACUGGGUCCUGGUAAUGGCCAGGGUCACCACUGAAGGAGGUAAGAUUGUGUCUGAUUCCGAAAUAUAUCCCGAGUACGUGCUGAAGCUGAAAAUGAAGGAUGUUUCGUUGCUCUGGGGUUGAUCUACGUGGCCAAAGCAGUGCCUGAAGUAUUUUGUAAAUG